AGGAAAAGCCUCCCCUCGUGUUUUUGACAGUAAACAGCUGACAACAGAUGACUGGUGACAACAGCGCAGGAUCUUUCUGAAAACAGAAUAGCUACUCUAAGCAUAGAGCAGCAUCCGCCUCAUUCUCACUCACCGUCUCUGAACCUGCCGGUGCCCGCCGCAUCAUGGACCCUCAACCCAACCAAGUGAACUCCAGAGGGAGAAACUACCCGAGCCAGAGCGCAGCGGGAGCGUCCGGAGAGGAGCCGCAGGCCCGGCAUAUGGACGGACAAACCCCCGCGGUGGGAAGGCAGCCAGCGGCAGACCGACAGCCACAGUACUCAGGAGCGUUCACCGUCAUUCCGCCCAACCAGACCCGCCGGAGCAAGAACAAAGAAAUGGCUCAGAGGGAAACGGAGGAGCUACAGAGAUACAAGGAGGCGCACAGGCCUGGUCCGCUGCACCUCGCUCCAGAGAGGCUGGGUGGAGGGGAUGUAACUAUAGCCGAGGCCAGGCAGAGGCAGUUUACCAACCAGAGAGGCUCCAGUCUGCAGAAGAAGCUUAAAAAGGAGGACAUGGACAAGAGGAAGAGACAAGAGGAGGAGGAAGAGUGGCAGAAGAUGAAGGCCACACAGAGGGAGAAGGCUGAACGUCUGGAGCUGAAGAGGCGGCAGGAGGACCAGAGGAGGCGGGAGCUGUUCCACUCGGAUCAGACCAGGAAAAAUGACAGUUUUCUGCAGAACCUCGAGAGAGCGGCCGCUCCGUCCGGCGGUGCUGCACACACAUCGACCAUGAACAAAGUGAGCGACCAGGAGGCAGGAAAACUGACAAGAAGUAUGGAAGAGCUGCAGCUGGAGCACAAGAGGGUGAACCAAGCCUUUCUCGAUAAGCUGGAAUGUAACGCCAGGGGGACGGAGGUCGAGGCGAGCAGCUGCUCCAGCCGGGAGGAAGAGCGUCCACGUUUGACCCCUGACGAUCACAGGCGACACGCCGCAGCCGGACGCGUCGCCCUGACUCACCCGGAGCCCGGUCCAGAGCGCCGCUGCUCCGACUGGACGGAGGAAACUGAUCCGCAGGCCGACCGCGACUGGAACCUGAUGAAGCUGGUGAACAUCUUCCCAGACUGCAGCAGAGACUUCGUCCAGGACAUCCUGACCCAGUGCAACGGCGACUACGAGCAGGCCUGCGCUCUCCUCGUCAGCACGCUCACUUAAAUUUGAUUCGCUGUGGCAAAUGAGACGGCAGGACGUUUUAGGACAAGCGGAUUCAUGUGGGGAGGCUUUGUGCUCACGUAUUAAAUGCCCCGCUGCCUGCCAUACGCAGCUGCUACAAACGGUACCUACAGGGCCGAGAGCGACUCCGAGGAUCUGCUUCCUAUUAUGCCGUUAAUCUCCGAGCGUUCGGUGCGUUGUGUCUGUCUGGUGAGUCACGCUGGCUUUUUGAGCCCACUCAGAGUCCGUGUUGUUCUGAUAUGAAUUUGGUAAAGGUCGCUGUUUAUGACUCACUAUGUUUAAAUCAUAUUUUGGGCUUUUAAUUUGAUCAAUAUGUUAAAAAGAUUAUAAAAGUUUUAUUGUGUUUGGUUGUUUUUUCUGUUGUUGCUAUCUGGUCAGAUUGAUGCUCUGAAGCUUUAGAGGUUCCUGGUUAAACAGCAAAAACACUAAAUCUUACCAAGUGUUUUCAUCUUGUUUCACGUGCAAAUAUCUUGGUACACUUGAAACAAGACAAACGUAACUUACAAGGUAAGAUAGAGGAGCUGAUUUUGAGUCAAUAAUUCCUCAAUAUUGAUCAAUAGCACCAGUUCUAAUGGCAGAUUAUUUCACUUAAAGGAGAAAUGUCUUCUUUAGGUGAAAUAAUCGGCCCACUGCUUUUUCAUUGACUUAAAACAAGUUCCCAUUUCCAGCUGACAACUUCCUUGUGAGUCAGUUUGGUCUCAUUUCAAGUGUGCCAAGGUGUUUGCAUUAGAAACCGAUUGCUCAGGUUUAGUGUUUUUGCUGCGAUCCGGUGCUUCCUGUGAGGGAACCAAUCAGACGACAGUGGCGACAGAGACCAACGGGUGGUGCUGUCCACACGAGGGGCUGAAAAUCCCCCACCAAUUUAGCAUGAAGUCAUGUUUACUGCUGAUGUCAUCCGGCAAAUGUCGUUCCUCCAGGGAUCAGCGUGAGGCUUACAGGCUGCGGCCAUGACACCCGCCACCACCAGGAAACAGGAAAAAUCCACGGCAAUAAUUUCUGUGUCAACAAUUGUCACUUCUUUUAUGUUCACUCGAUGGCAUGCGACUGCUUUCAAAGAGACCCAUCGGGAUUAUUUAUUGAUUUUGCCGUCAGAGGUUAUUCACUACAAGUGAAUUGAAAAGUUUAUGGAACGAAAUGAUUUGAACUCAUUAUUAAUUUUACCCUGGAAUGUUUUGCUUUGUUUUGUUUUAAAGCUGCACAAGCCAAUAAAUUGUACUGGAAAUAGAUGGGAUGUUACAGAAACAGUAUGACGUGUGUUGUUUUUGUUUUUU